AUGGACUUCCACUACUGCGAUUAUUGGGGCUCCUCCAAAGGCAUGAACUCCUUCCUCCGCAACUCCCUGGCAAAGUUUGCCGCCGCGAAUCCAUCAAUCGAAAUAUGCGUCUCUCCCAGACCGAACAAACACCCCGUGAUAAUCGCGCACUAUCUCGGCUCGAAUCUCAACCGCCACAAAGCCAUUUGCGUGCGGAAUCUGGAGAAGGAGCAGAUAUUGAAGAAGGCGGAACUUCUGAGAGAUGCAAACGGAGAUAAGCUGAAGAAGAUCAAGAAGCCGGUGAUGAGUAUUAAGGACUCGGUGAGAGGAGUGUGGAGUCCGUAUCAUGGUGAUGGGAUGCAUGUUUAA